AUGGGCGAGUCCGCACCCUCCGCAGACGCCGAAUCCUCCCCCUGCCCCUCCACGCCCAGCAAACCGCACAUCCUUCCACACCUCAUCAACAUCACGACUACUGGCGACAUAAUCCUCUCCGUCACUUUCCAAACAUCCAUCGAGACGCUCAGGAGAGCCCGCAAAGCCAACCUCCUCAACGGCUCACCCGCGCCGCCACACGCCCUGAGGCCCGAGGUGACCGUGGCAUACCGCGUUCAGCUCGAUGUGCUGAAAACGCACUCCAAAUAUUUUGCCAGCCUGCUUACGAACCCCGGGUUCCAGGAAGCCAGCCUCAUAAACACCGUGCACGCCCAACUAUCUGCCAGGAAGACGAAGCCUUCAGAAGCAGAUCCAGCAGAGCUACCUCGUGUCAAAAUCACAGACAGCGACGAUGCCACCCAGUCCGCGGCGAGAGAGCCCAUAUUUGAGGACAUGCUGCGCAUAAUCCACCAGGCACCCAUCAAGACUACCCGGGUCGUCAUGUCGUACGUGACCACGCUGGCGCUGCUAGCAGAUCGAUUCGACUGCUGCGCAUCCGUGUCUCGGGCCUUGGCCGACAUCAAGUUCAAGUGGCCCGUCACCAACACCCGUCCAUACACUGACGAGUCGGGCCGUGCGACGGAGGCGGAGAAGGUCCUGCGUCAAAAGAUUCUCGCCGCCUGGCUGUUGGGUCAGCCAAUGCGUUUGCACCACGCAAGCCGGGAACUGGUCAUCCGGGGCUCACGACUCUGGGGCGCAUACGGCCAAGAGCAUGAUUGCCAAGGUGCAUGGUGGCAUCUCCCGGAAGGCAUGGAAGAAGAACUGCAGUACCGUCGAGAGUGUAUCCUCGACACCAUCUCAUCCAUUCAGCGCCACUUUCUUGACCUGUACUCGUCUCGUCACCGUCAGUGCAAACUAGGCUACGACUCCAGUACGGCUUGCGACUCGUUCCAGUUUGGUCAGAUGCUGAGAUUUCUCCUCUCGAGACACCUGCUGCACCUGGUGGACUUUGCGCCGUCGUCGCUGGACAAGCUACCGGAUACGUCAAUGGCAGAUAUAGACGAGCUGCUGGUGACACUGAAACAGUGUCCCAAUUACCAGGUUGACAAGCACCAUACGAAUUGUGGUCUGAGGAUUCGCAUCGAGCCUAUUUUGGAUUUUGUCGGGGCCAUGGUAGCCGCUGGCGUGGUGGCGAUUCCCCUGGCGGAUUGGAAGCGGCGGCGAUCAGAUGUGUCGUGGCUGAAUGAGAGGGUUCCCUUGAGAAAUGGUAGAGACGAGGAAGUGGGCUCCGAAGUCUUUGCAUUCACGAGGACCCUCGCGAAUGAUCAAAGGUUGAGGUACGAGGGCGCUAUUUACGCCGACAAAAUGGCGAGGAAGCUUUUCACUGCCGGUGCAUGGGACUGGACACCAGAGGCUUGA